CCUUCUGCACAACUUCAGCUGCCAAUUCUCACACACGCCAAACUGAUUGGUAACCGCGUGGUCUGCAUUUGCAUAACGUUAAAGAAUCGUAAACUUAGGAAGGGAGGCGGAGACGUUUCGUUGCUCGACAGACGGGCUAUCGUCUCCAUUCAUUCCCAAUGAGAGCGGGACGAUUAACGCCCUAAUGGAAACGAAGCUUAAGUCACCAUGUGUACAUGCGAAAACAGAGCUUUUUAAAAACACCAUCACACGGCCCCAACUUUAUCCAAUCAUAUUACACUUUCAGCAAAAGUUGAGCUGCGCCCAUCAAAGCCUCCACCACAUCCUCAGUGGCAAUGAAUAGACAUCGAGGUUGUUAAUUAGUUGUCAAAUAGCUAGCUAGCCAGCAACCAGGCAGUAAGUAGGCUACGCAUAGCCAAAGUCCUUAUAAUGUCUCUGACACAGCUAGCUGCAUAGGCUGAAAUGAAAUUACUUUUCUCCAAAACACAUCACUGACAAAAAUUACAGACUUGUGCUCAAAUUGAUCAAAAUCACGUGCAGUGCACUAUUGUUACAUAAUUAGAUUCCAUACCAAUAGUUUGAAUAUUAUCGGUCCACAGUAGACAUUUUUUUGUUAACUAGCUAUGUCUAGGUGGCUGACUAGCUAAUACAAUAACAAGUUAUCUAGCCUAAAGCCUGAGCUAUGUGUAUACACUUCUUCAAUCAAGACAACGACAAGAGGCAACAUACUGGCAACUAGCACACUAUCAACAUAGUUUAAAUAUGAAAAAAUGUGCUUUUCACCGCCGCCAUUUUUUACGCUACAGUGGUUGGCCAAGAGCAAAACCGCCCUAAUUUUCUCCAGAACCGUGAAGUGUGUACUCAGCAUAGAGGCACGUGGGUGAUAACGUUUCGGGUAGAUUAAAGCAACUGUCACUUUCCCCCUAUGGUCUACGCUUUCUCUCAGAGUUCAGAGUUGUCAUGGUUACAAGAAUCAUCUAACUUGCUAGCCAGCUUUCAUUAGUUUUGUGUUCAGUGAAGGGUGUGAAAGUCUUGAAGUAAACCAUAGGUAGAUAAUCGAAAACCGUUUAUAAACGUUGUUUAAAGAAAUAGUCUUUUCUGUUAUAACUCACAGUUACAGUUUAAAUGACUGUACUCAGCAAGUGAACACUGUACAUUUUGGCUUGAUUGGUAGCUAUCUAUCGCUAAAUAAACAGAGAUUACCGUUAACGAGCUAAUUUAGCCAACGCUUGCAUAGGUACAGAAGUACUUUUUUUCUUUAAGCGCCAGUUUCAGCUAUCCAGCUAACGUAGCUAGGUGACAUUAUCAAUUUAACUUCACAAUGAAUAGACAUAUUCCGAUCCCAGAGGGACUAAAGGAGUUAUUGCAGGGUUUCACCGUUGAAGUGCUCCGAAAUCAGCCAAGGGAUAUAUGCGACUUCGCCUUGCAGUACUUUGCAGAACAGAAAAUGCAAAGAAAAGAGAAGGGGCAACUUCUGAAGUCCACUCAGGAAGCUAUGCAGAGCGACUCUGAAGACGACGACGAGGAGUUUGUCGCCCCAAUGAUCAACAGAUUCGCAAGACGCAAGUCAGUGUCUGCUGAGACAUAUGACCCUGACAAUGAAACAGAGGAAAACAGGGAGCCUCUGGUAAUUCAUCCCAAAACAGAUCAGCAGACGCAUAGACUGAAAGAGGCCUGCAAAGACAAUAUUCUCUUUAAAAGUUUGCAGCAGGACGAUUUCUCUAUGGUGCUAGACGCCAUGUUUGAAAGGCUUGUGGCUGCAGGGGAACAGAUUAUCGAGCAGCAUGACGAUGGGGAUAACUUCUAUGUAAUUGAGAGCGGAAUUUAUGAUGUAAAAAUAACGGAUAACGGAGUAACACGACUCAUUGCCACCUACGACAACCACGGGAGCUUCGGGGAGCUGGCCCUGAUGUACAACACGCCGCGAGCUACCACCAUCACUGCCAGAACUCUUGGAGCCCUGUGGUGCUUGGACAGGGCGACCUUCAGGCGGAUUAUUGUGAAAAACAAUGCCAAGAAAAGGAGUGCGUAUGACGAGUUCAUCCAGACAGUCCCUCUGCUCUCAAGCUUGGACGCAUAUGAGCGAAUGAAGGUGGUGGAUGUGCUGAGCACGCAAGAGUACACAGACGGGCAGCAAAUCAUUGCUGAGGGAGAGACUGCAAAAAGCUUCUACAUUGUUGAGUCUGGUCAGGUCAGGAUCUCAAUCGGGAGAUAUGCACCGGACUGUGAAAUUGAGGAGAUCGAGAUUGCCACAUGCACACGAGGACAGUACUUUGGGGAGCUGGCGCUAGUCACCAACAAACCAAGAGCGGCCUCAGCGUACGCUGUAGGGGACGUCAAGUGUUUAGUCAUGGACGUGUCGGCCUUCGAGAGGCUGCUGGGUCCGUGUAUGGAGAUCAUGAAGAGGAACAUCAGUAACUACCAGGCACAGAAGGCCAGCUGUUUGGUGGACGCCAGCAGCCCCAGCAGCACCUGAUCCGACACCAAUGUGGUGUAAGGGCGGUUCACUGGGGAACCUGGAAGUGAAAAAUUAAGUGGGUAUGCCCCAGAAACCUCACGCCUACAGCCAAAUGUCAGCAUUGUUUGUUUGCCUUCUCCAACAAUGCCUUUAUGUUCUGGGUUACAGUGUGGGAUGGAUGAAAGGUGAUUUGUUUUUUGCAGGAGCGGAGGCCAAAUGCCUGAGAUUGUUACGACCUUUCCCCUUGUUGAAAGAGCAGAAACCAUACAGUCAUGUGACAUCCAUCAGGAGACUGUUGGCUUCAAUACUGGCAAACACUUGGUAUAUUAAUGUUGAGUCUUACUGUUUUGGAUAGAAUUAUCUUAGGAUAGGAUUUAGUGUUGUUUUAUUACUCGAUGCAUUGUUUAUAAAUACUAAAGUUAUCUAUGUGUCUUAAAUGAUAAACACGUUCAGGAUGCCUAUAUUUAGCAAAAUCAUCCUAUUGAUAGACAAGAUGAUUAGCUGUUUUUUUUUUUUAACAGUUCAGUUUGUCAUCCUUUAAAAAUGGUUAAAAACUGUAUGACUUAAGAAGUUGUUAUUUAAUAGACUUCUGUUAUUUAUUUUUUGUUUCAUUUUGCGCUUGCUUCAUAUUUUUCAAUGUUACAUUUUAUCUCAUAUAAAAGCAAUGCAGAAUUUAUCGUGGUAUACCGUACCACUUCAGAUUCAAAAUGCAUACAUACAUGUUUCGAAGGCAAAUAACGUGAUUUUGCAGAGUGUAAUGUUCCACAAACACUUUUUAAAUGUCUGUGUAUUUAAUCAAUAAUAAUAAUAAAAUUUGGUGAUCCCUUAAA